AUGACGAACACACCCCUAAUGUCACAGCUGCCACACAAUUCAUGGAACCAAACCACCAAAAGAAACUGGUGGUCACCAAUCAACGGUCGGAGGAGUUCAAGUGCUCUACACCCAACCCACUCCGACUCAGCUCACUUCAUCCACACUCCCAUGAUCAUCUCCAAAGCUUCAACCUUUACAACCCACAGACCCCUCUCCUUCCCACCCAAAUGGGUCCUCAUAAAGAGCCCACCCUCCCACCUCUUCAUGGUCUUCUCUUCCUCCUCCUCCGCCGACGCACCCAGAUGGAACCACUCCCACCAUUUCAUCCCCAACCAAAACGACGCCGUGUACAAGAAACCGAGAAACCCGGAAGAGACAGCGGCGGCGGAGGAAGGAGGAGAAGGAGAGAGAAGAGUGAGCUGUGAAGUAAAUAUGAUUUCUUGGCGGGAACGCCGCGUCAAGGCCGAGAUUUCCGUAAAUGCUGACGUCGAUUCCGUCUGGAAUGCUCUGACGGAUUACGAGCGUCUUGCUGACUUCAUCCCCAAUCUGGUUUCCAGUGGGAGGAUUCCAUGUCCACAUCCCGGGCGUAUUUGGCUGGAGCAGAGAGGCCUGCAGAGAGCUUUGUACUGGCAUAUCGAAGCUCGAGUUGUUUUGGACCUUCAGGAGUUUCCCAAUCUGGGUGGUAAUGAUCGUGAGCUUCACUUUUCCAUGGUUGACGGGGACUUCAAAAAAUUUGAAGGCAAAUGGUCUGUGAAAUGCGGGAUAAGGUCGUCAUCCACUAUUUUAUCGUAUGAAGUAAAUGUGAUACCGAGAUUCAACUUCCCUGCCAUUUUCCUGGAGAGGAUUAUCAGAUCAGAUCUCCCUGUCAAUCUUCGGGCCUUGGCUUGUAGGUCUGAAAAGGCUUUUGAAGGGGAACAGAAGAUAGCAAUAGAAGAAAGCUCCAUGUCUAGCACUUUAAAUGGACUCAAAAAAGAUAUGGACGGUUCACAGUGUGAAAAGGAUUAUCCACUUAAUGAAUUUAAAGAGAAUUUUUCUGGCCCUACUUCUAGUUCGUUGCCCCCAGCUUCUACUGAGUUGAAUAGUAAUUGGGGUGUUUUUGGAAAAGUCUGCAGACUUGAUAGGCCUUGCUUGGUGGAUGAGGUUCAUCUUCGGAGAUUCGAUGGUCUAUUGGAAAAUGGAGGCGUCCAUCGUGGUGUUGUUGCCAGCAUAACAGUUAAAGCUCAUGUUCGUGAAGUAUGGAGUGUUUUGACAGCUUACGAAAGUCUUCCUGAGAUAGUUCCUAAUUUGGCUAUUAGUCGGAUAUUAUCAAGAGAAAACAACAAAGUCCGAAUUCUACAGGAAGGCUGUAAGGGCUUGCUUUAUAUGGUACUUCAUGCACGUGUUGUCCUAGACUUGUGUGAACAACUUGAACAGGAGAUAAGUUUUGAACAAGUUGAAGGGGACUUCGAUUCAUUUCGGGGUAAAUGGGUUCUUGAGCAGCUGGGAAGUCAUCACACACUGUUGAAGUACAUGGUUGAAUCGAAAAUGCGCAAAGAUACUUUUCUCUCUGAAGCUAUCAUGGAAGAGGUUAUAUAUGAAGAUCUCCCUUCAAAUUUAUGUACAAUAAGAGACUACAUAGAAAAGAGGGAGGAAGCGAAGUCAUCAAAGAAUUGUGAUGAAAGUAUACACAUGGAGGAACAAACUGAUUCAUCCAGUACUGACCAUACUGAUGAUGGUUGUAUAGUAGUUGACCGAUUUUCUGAUUCCAAUGUUCAGAGUUCAUCUGCACAAAGGCCAAGGGUCCCAGGAUUGCAAAAGGAUAUUGAAGUUUUGAAAGCUGAGCUCCUGAAAUUUAUUGCAGAGCAUGGGCAGGAAGGAUUUAUGCCCAUGAGAAAGCAACUUCGUUUACAGGGAAGAGUAGAUAUUGAGAAAUCAAUCACACGAAUGGGUGGAUUCAGAAAGAUUGCAACCCUGAUGAAUCUUUCUCUUGCUUAUAAGCAUAGAAAACCAAAGGGUUACUGGGAUAGUCUUGAGAAUUUGCAGGAAGAGAUUAGUCGAUUUCAGAGGAGCUGGGGAAUGGACCCUUCAUACAUGCCCAGCAGGAAGUCAUUCGAACGUGCAGGGCGGUAUGACAUUGCUCGUGCGCUAGAAAAGUGGGGUGGCCUUCAUGAAGUUUCACGCCUUUUGUCACUCAAUGUGAGGCACCCCAACAGACGGCUGAACCCUGCCCGGGAUGUAAAAAGUGACCAUGCAGUCUCUACUAACGUAAAAGGUACGAAAGAUGCAGCAUCCAAUCCCUAUGUAUCUCAAGAUACACAGAAGUGGAUCUCAAAAUUAAAGCAUUUGGACAUCAAUUGGGUAGAAUAGAAAUGCUUCAUUACCUAUGUCUUGGAGCAUAAUGUGUACAUAAAGAGAAUAUUAUGACAUGUAAAUUGAGUUUACAAGCUGUAAAUGCAUGAAAAUAUUGUUAA